AUGGCCGAUUCCACCGCGAACAAUACAUCAGAUCAAGAUCCGGCUCUUCCUUUCGAGUACCACCCUUCGCUCCAAGAGUAUCUAGUCACAGAGAAAGAGUACCUCAGACGAAAUCCCCAGUACCAUGUCAUGUCUACGGGAAUCGCAGUCUUCAACAAGGAGGGGAAGCUUCUCCUUGUCCAGCGCGCGGCUACCGAGAAAGCCUUCCCUCUCUUAUGGGAGAUUCCUGGAGGAAAGGUCGACGAGCCCGAUGAGUCUAUCUUGCAUGCCGCCGUCCGAGAGCUGAAAGAGGAGGCGGGCUUGGAUGCCACGCGGAUAGUAAGGAAAGUUGGGCACUUUGAGUUCGGCAUCAUGAGGCGGACAGGACGCGAAGAGAAGUGGAUCAAGCAAAUCUUCGAGAUGGAAGUCCAGAACCCGGAGGCCGUUGUGCUUGAUCCGAUUGAGCACCAAGAAUAUCUGUUUGCUUCAGAAGAGGAGAUCGUCAAGGAGCAGGCGGGAGAUGUGACUCUCAAGUACAUUACGCCUGACAACAAGUGGAUUAAGCUGGAAGCUUUCAGGCAUCGACGAGAGACGGCGGCAUCUUCGUGA